AUGCCGCUUUCACCAGCCUCUACUCACAUCACUCAUGGCACAAGCACAGAAUCCCCACCUGACAAUUCAUCUGCAUGUACCUCGAACUCGAACUUGAAGUCUUCCCUCGCCAAGAACAUCACCUCACUACCCCUCCCCACUUCGACCAACGAUUCUACUUUACCAGACCCCAACAUCAGAACUUCGCCUUCCUUGUUGAUAGUCCUUCCCACCUCUCGUACAAUUAGCGAAAGGCAGAAACUCUGCUCAGGUCGCGUCAAUUCAUACUUUGCCGAUCCCAUCCACACUCUUCCUCAAUACAAACGCAACACUAUUCAGGCAGGUAUGAAGGAUCAUGUCGAGGAUAUGCUCUCUCAGGUUGAGGCUUUGACGAUGAAGAUCAACGAGGACGACGCAUGACGAAGCAUGACGACGAGCCCAGGGUAACAAAAGUGGUAGACACGUUCUGCUCAGUCAGUGAGCAUCCCAGAUAUCUGUAUGGGGAUACGAAGACAAUGAAGAACUCGGUGGAUGCGAUAUACUUGGGUGAAAUCAUGGAAAGACAGGUGAUAUAGCUAUGAUAAUGAAUGAAAACGAGCUGUCUCGAAAGUCUCUUGACCCAAACACCAUGCUUUCAACAUAUACA